AUUACGAAACAUUUGAGAAUUAUGCACCACCCGAUUAUGAGCUAUUUCAGGACCCACCAGAUCUAGAAUCAACAAUUGAUAACCAAAUUUUAUGGUUUUUGCUCUGGAUUAUGACAUUUCGGACAAGAUUCAACAUAAUUGAGAUAGCAAUCGAGGCUUUGAUAAAAUUUAUGAAAUUAGUUUUGACAGAAAUCAGUGGAGAUGGUUUUAGAGACUUUCCAGAUUCGAUGUACUUAACAAGGAAAAAACUUGGAUUAAAAGAUCAUUUUCAUAACUUUGUUUCUU